AAGAGAUUAAGAUAGAUUUUUAAAAAUAUGUACAUUCAUGAAUUGAAGUUUUAAUAGUGUACGUGUUUUUUCGUUCGAGAAAAUAGUGAAUAAAUGGACGAAGGAAACAUUCACAUAAUUGUAGAUAUGAUGAUAUAUAUGUUACUGAAAAAGACAAGAGAAAUCAAAUGGCUUUACACAGAGCCGUGCUUAGAGCCUUUUAAAAAAGGCAUUCGCCUAGGGCCCUCAAAUUUUGUAGAAAUUUUAGGGCCCCAAAUUAUUAAAAAAAUACUUUUACAUGGUAGUUAACAUAUUCUAUUAGUUAGAUUUUUAUUUUUAUUUAAAUUUAAAUUGGACUUCUGUUUAAAGUAACUAGGUUUGUAAUCAUUUUUGCUAUAUUUUAAAUAAAACUAUAAAGAUUCUACUUCUAAAAAACUGUAAAUAUUUGAUCACAUUGCUCUUUUUUUAUAUGCUAUGAGUUAGAUUUAUUUUAUAUAUUUAUGAGAAUUUGAUAAAGAAAAUAUAAUAUUUUCAAUAUAUAGUUUAUUAUUGUUAAUUUAAAUGCUAAGAUUUAUAUUUUUGACAGCUACCAACAUUUCAAUCAAAAAUUUAUAUCUUUGUAUUUAUAUUACAAAUUCAUACUUUUUGUUCAUGAUUUAAAAUUUUAUUUUAUAAAAUUUUGGUGAAGAAAAUUUAGAAAACGUUUAUGUAAUACUUCAAAACUUUUGAGUGUUAUAUAUAUAUAUAUAUAUAUAUAUAUGUUAUUAAAAAUAUAUCAUGUAAAAUAUAUUUUUGAACUCGCCUCGGGCCUCCGAAAACCUUCGCACGGCACUGGCUUUACAGAGAGGCUCGUCUCUUAAUUUGUAAACUAAUUAACUAAUAACAAAGAAAUAAAUAACAAAACUAUAAUUAACAAGAGUUGAAACAAUAAACGAGAAGAAAACAAAAGUGCAAUAAUCAUUAAUUAUUGAACAGUGAAAUGUACUCUUAUUUUAAACUAAUAAAUGAAAACAAAAUGGAAAGUAUAAUAAGAGUUAAAUUUAUUAUUCAAGAAAACAAAAAAGGUGUACAAACAGACACAUGUGUUUUCCUCAUGCAUCUUGUUUUUUUUUGCAACUGAUGAGUUGGUGUUUUUUCUUUCUUGGACCAAAGAGUUUUCUCAUGCAUCUUGUUUUAGACAGCAAUACUCAUAUAUAUAUAUAUAUAUUGACUCAGUCUCCUCUAGCUCUCUCAUUCUCCAAUUUUCAUAUUGGUAGUUACAAAUAAGUUUUUUGUAAAAACAGUACAUGCUCUGUUCUCUUGAUCUUGAUUCUUGAUUUAGAUAAUCUUAAAAUCUGUGUUGAUCAUGAUGUCGGAAUCUAUGAGCAUAUCAGUGAACGGACAAUCUCAAGUGCCUCCUGGGUUUAGGUUUCACCCGACCGAGGAAGAGCUGUUGCAGUAUUAUCUCCGGAAGAAAGUAAAUAGCAUCAAGAUCGACCUCGACGUUAUUCGCGACGUUGAUCUCAACAAGCUCGAGCCUUGGGAUAUUCAAGAGAUGUGUAAAAUAGGAACAACGCCUCAAAACGACUGGUAUUUCUUUAGCCACAAAGACAAAAAAUAUCCGACGGGAACGAGAACUAACCGAGCUACGACUGUCGGAUUUUGGAAAGCAACGGGCCGCGACAAGAUCAUAUAUAGUAAUGGCCGUAGGAUUGGGAUGAGAAAGACUCUUGUUUUCUACAAAGGCCGAGCUCCUCAUGGCCAAAAAUCUGACUGGAUCAUGCAUGAAUACAGACUCGAAGACAAAGUUAUUUCCCCUGAAGAUGUCACCGUUCAUGAGGUGGUGACUAUCAUUGGGGAGGCAUCACAAGACGAAGGAUGGGUGGUGUGUCGUAUUUUCAAGAAGAAGAAUCUUCACAAAACCCUAAACAGUCCCAAUGGAGGAGCUUCCCUGAGUGGCAGCGGAGACAUGGCGAGGAUGUCGUCCUCAUCUCACUUCUUCGACGAUGAUAGUCUCGAGCAAUUCUUAGAACUUAUGGGGCGAUCUUGUAAAGAAGAGCUAACUCUAGACCCUCUCAUGAAACUCCCAAACCUCGAGAGCCCUAACAGUCAAACAUUCAACAACAACUGCCACGUCAGCUCCCCCGACACAAAUCAUGUCAUCCAGGUCAGCAACGUGAUCGACACUAGCUUCGUUUCUAGCUGGUCCGCUUUAGACCGGUUUGUGGCCUCGCAGCUAAACGGACCCUCGAUCUCAGCCGUCGAUGAGAGCCACGCGGAUCAAGAUCACCUCGCUUUAUCUUCCCUCCGAUCUCCAUACCCUAGCCUAAACCGGUCCGGUUCGUACCACGAUGGGUUAUCGCAGGAACAUCCAGCGGAGUUGGAGCUAUGGAACACGACAACGUCAUCACUAUCAUCAUCGUCUGACCCAUUUUGCCACGUGUCUAACGGUAGUGGAUAAGGAAAAGGAGGGAAAGCGAGACACACACAGAGAAGACAUUUCACAUUUGUGUAGAAAGAUAUAAUCAUAUCAUAUAGUUGUUGAGACAUUAAAAAAAGAAGUCAAAUUUGUGAUAAUUACAGUGGUUAUGUGAAAUAUUGUAAAAUAGAUGAUAUAAAACUAAAGAACUUUAAAAGAGGAGAAUAAAGAUCUCAAAAAGGAGAUAUUUCGUUAUA